UCCGUUAAUCCUUAUUUUCAUGCGCGAAACUUGUUAAUGGCACUUUGCGCACGAACAUCUCGCGUUCUCCGAAAUCCUGAGACGAUUCGGAAAUCUAAUUGAAGAUGCAUCACGUUACCAUUUCGCAUUAUAUACAUAUCAAUCGGCACGUUUUCGAUAUGAAAGUAUUUAAGCACAUCUCUUUUCCUGACAAGCUCUUUAAAGGUGUUAUCACUCCGUGAGAAUUGAAAAGACAGACGCGAUUUAUUAAAUCGGUGUUAUUCUGAAGACAUCGGUCGUCGUGAGACCAGAUGUUCCGCACGAUGAUUUCAACUAUGAAGAUUCUAUUUUGGAUUUUAUCACUUGGAGUUAUACUAUUAAUUGCGAUAGUAAAUCAUUCACCGAGCACUUCUGGACAUGCUGAUAAUGUAGAAAAAAUCGCUGAUCUACAAAUAAUUCAUCGGCAUCGACGCGCAGUUUGGCCUAGUACUAUACAUUAUUGCAAAGUCAAUCAGUACUACGACCACGAAGAAGGACGUUGCCUAGGUGUUCCAGGAGGUGGCAAGGUGCUUCAUGUUGAAAGUAGACGAUCGUGCGGCGUCAACAUAUUGAAGCCGCAUUGCAGAAGUUCUUUGUAUUAUCACAUCUGCAAGCGUGACAAGUCGAUCCUGGCGCAAUGUGCAAACAGACAGAUCUUCGACAAUCGUCUGCAGCGAUGUGUCUACUACGAUUCAAGCAAAUUAAUUCCAAAUAUUAUUCCACCGGACGAAUAUAUGUAUCACCAUCACAUUAGCGUGCCAAGUUGCACGAGAUCUGGUCGAUUUCCCAUCCCCAGCCACUGUUCUAUGUUUUAUACAUGCGAUUCCAACGGACAUCGAUUCUAUCAAAACGUUUUCAAAUGCCCACAAAACACAGGAUAUCACAUGGAUAGAGGAAUGUGCAUCGUUAUGUCAGACUGCGUGAACGAUAAUUCGGUGGAUCCUACAGUCUGUGUUCCAAACGCUCCAGGUGAGAAUGUAGAAUCUCUAAAUUCCAAUGAAGAUACAGAGGGAAACGUGAAAGAAACCUCUGUGAUAUUUGAAGGAAAUGAAGCAAGCACAAGCGAUUCUAUCAUAGAAAAUGAAGAAAAUGUAAAUUUUAAAUCUUAUGAUGACGUCACUGCUACAUCUGUAAAUAUAAUGGAUACACCAGAAAAUAAUCAUGACAGCGAUACGGACGAUACAAGCUUAUUGUCCUCGAAGUCAAUCAAAGAAGUUUCAGUUCCAGAUGAUAUUAAUGAAAUGAUGAUGCAUAGCCAGAUAUCAGAUUCUCCAGAAAACGCACAAACAAUACCUGAUGAAAGACAGAAUGAAGAGAAUGAAUCGCUAUUUGGUUUACAAAUUACAUCACCAUCAACGAUAGAAUUUGAUGAUGCAUCGCAUUCCAUCACGAUUUCUAUGACUUCAAUCAAGCCGGAAUAUCGUACAAAUGACGACAUUGAUAGUGAGAUAACUAAUACUGCAUCGCUCUCUCCGGAUAGUUACAUAUUAUCAAAAUUAAACGAAGAAACACAAGAUGUAACUACGAAACAGUAUAAAAAUAUCGAGGAUGGCGUAGUAACGUUAUCAAAUUUCAAUUCUGAAGCGAUCGAACAUCCGUAUCCAACAUCAACAAUCUUUAAUGCACCCGAAAUCGACGACGUAUCAUACAAGACAAAUGAAAAUAUACAGGAUAUUAUUACAGAAGAAAACAUACACGAUGAAGACGCAGUGACGCCAUCCAAUUUUAAUAUAGAUUCCUUUGAUUCACAUUCGGCAUCAAUAGUAAGUAAUGUACCAGAAUCAUCUCCAGUCAGUGAUAUGCCAUCGGAAAUCGAUGAAAUGCCAGAUGCAAUUACAGAAGAAUAUAGAAACAUCGAAGACAACGCAACGUCGCUAUCUCCAAUCAAUGAUAUGCCAUCAGAAAUCGGUGAAAAAGUGCCAGAUGUAAUUACAGAAAAAUAUAGGAACAAUGAAGACAGCGCAGUGUCGCCAUCGAAUUUCAAUACAGACUCGAUUGAUUUAUACUCAGCAUCAACAGUAAGUGACGUACCAGAAUCAUCUCCAAUCAAUGAUAUGCCAUCAGAAAUCGGUGAAGAAGUGCCAGAUGCAAUUACAGAAAAAUAUAAGAACAAUGAAGACAGCGCAGUGUCGCCAUCGAAUUUCAAUACAGACUCGGUUGAUUUAAACUCAGCACCAACAGCAAGUGACGUGCCAGAAUCAUCUCCAAUCAGUGAUAUGCCAUCGGAAAUCGAUGAAAUGCCAGAUGCAGUUACAGAAGAAUAUAGAAACAAUGAAGACAGCGCAGUGUCGCCAUCGAAUUUCAAUACAGACUCGGUUGAUUUAUACUCAGCACCAAUAGUAAGUGACGUACCAGAAUCAUCUCCAAUCAAUGAUAUGCCAUCGGAAAUCGGUGAAGAAAUGCCAGAUGCAAUUACAGAAGAAUAUAGAAACAUCGAAGACAGCUCAAUGACACCAUCAAAUUUCAAUACAGAUUCGGUUGAUUUAUACUCGGCAUCAACAAUAAGCGAUCUAUCAGAACCCUCUCUAAUUAGCGAUCCGUCAUCAAAAUUAAAUGAAGAAACACAGAAUGUAACUACAGAAAUGUACAAGAAAGAUGAUGGAACAUUAUUAAAUCCUAUUAUUGAAGACGAUCAAAAUCCAACAGCAUUAAAUGACACGCCAGCAACUGAAAAUAUUUCGAGAAAUUAUGAAUCUGAUGUAUUAUCUUCUACACCUACAAUUUUGUCACCUCAAACAGCUAUCGAUGGCGCUACCACGGAAGGAUUAUUUGAAACUAUUCCUUUAACAAAUAAUAAAUUCGAAGACACCAAUUCAACAUUGGAUGGAGAAAAUAGUUCUACACAAUAUUUAUCCGAGGAUACUGAUAAUUUAUAUUUGACAACAACAAGAUCUAUUUCAAGUUUGGAAGACAUAACUGAAUCAAAUAUUGCUACUACACCUUUCACACAAAAUCUACCUACUGUUUCAGACACAGAUUUGAUAACGCAAGUUGAUGAGAAUAGCAAAGAAGUAUCACAGGAUUCUUUAACUGAAUAAGAUGCUAUGAUUGCAAAUAAUUAUAUAUGUCUCAGUUUUGUAAAUAAAUUAUUUAUAAUAUAUAUUAGGAUAUAU